GAGGACGCAGACAGAGAGUGUCAGUUUUUUCAGCUGAAGCCCCUCAGUGAAUUAUUCGGAGAUCAGAUACCAGGAUGUCCCCCGAGAAAAUCGCCCUCCUGCUUUUCACUGCGGCUUGGGUGCUGCCUGCUGGAACCUCAGAGGCCAGCCCCCCCGGGACCGGCGUGGGAGAAGGAAACCCCACGCUCGAUUUGGCCUUCUCCUCGGUGGAUGACCUGUACAAAGGCUGCACGUACGCCAUGAGGCAACAUCUCCCGUCCCUGAUAAAAAAGGAGCUGACCAAGAACAAGAAUUUCUACCUGGCUUGGAACAAGGCCAAGAAGGAGUGGAUGAGGAAGACGAAUACGUACAUCUUCCCCAACACGAUGAAAGCUUUCUGCAGCGUCGCAGUGGUGGCCUACACCUUAAACAACCCGCCUCUGUACAAGGACUUCAACACAGCCACCAGGACGGGCUGGACGGGACCCGACGCUUACGCCAGCUACCCCUUCAAGGCUUUGCAUUUCCUGCUGACCCAGGCACCCAAAGACAUAUGGGGGAUAACACCCAGUUGUGCCACCGUCUACAGAGGAACUGACGUAAUGUUCUCCAUCAGCCGCAGCCACUUGUUCCGCUUUGGCCAGUUCACUUCCACCUCAAAGAGCUCGAAGGCGGCGGCCAAUUUCGGCGGAAAGACCUUCCUCAUCCUGGUUUCCUGCACGGGGUAUGCGCUUCGGGACCUGUCCCACUUCCCUAAAGAAGAAGAGGUGCUGGUGCCGCCCUCCGAGAUGUUCCAGGUCACCUGGAGCAAGGGCACAUUGACGAGCCAGACUGUCCACGCCAAGUCGGUGGGCGUCUGCAGCAACCACAACUGCGCCUACACAAGGAAAGGAGACCCCAAUGUGAAGAGAUGCCCUCCUCACCAAGUGCUGCACUUGUGAGGCCCCAGAGCGAGGAGGGGCAGCAGCAACCCAGGGCUGCCUUUAGCCAGGAGCUCCGUGGAGCAUCGUGCGCGUGGCCUUGUCUACCUAGGCGGGCAAAAAUUCCCCAUGUGCUUUUCCGCUGUCACUAACGGG